CUCUUCCCUUCCCAGCUCAGCCUCCCACUGUAGCAUAUUGUAACCCUCCAGACUCACACAGUUCCCAUCUGUUGAAAAACAGAGGACCAAAGCUCUAUGAACAUACAGUGAUAAACAUGCUUAUCCUAUAUGAUGGUAGCAUCAGGUCCUAGUUGACGUGCCAACAGUAUGUGCUAACCUAGCAACCACAGCAAUGUUGUGUCAAUAUUGAGCCAAUGUUGUGUGUGUGUGUGUGUUUUUCCUGAUGUGUCAAGGAAAUGGUACAGCACACCAAUGUGUGUAUCGAUGUGUAAAGUGCUAAUGGUGUACUAAUUGAUGCAUGCUGUGUUGAUGUGUUGCUGUUUGUGCUCCUUGUCACUCAGUCUGCUGUUCACUAAGGUGAAGCUGGAGGAGGCUCUGUAUGGGCCGGGCGUAGCACUCCAGACCUGCCAAGACAUGCUGCAGCUAUGGCAGAGCCGCUAUGACUUCACACGUACCAGUGAGGGGGAUGACAGCAGCAGUAUCCACCUACCAGAGCCACUUCCACACAACCGCAAACCCAGCGGCCUCCACCUCACCCUGCCAGACUUCCAGGACAGUGAGACUGGUUCUCAGAGUGGUCCGUCCAAUGCUCUAUCUCGCCUGGAGCAAGCCAUGUCAGAGGUGUCAGCCGCCAGCUCCGCCCACAAACAGGGCCCCACCUACAUCUGGACCACCCUGGAGCGCAUCUGGCUGCAAGCAGGAGAGUUGUUCAUGGCAGAGGGGCGUGUGAAGGAGGCCCAGUUCUGUGUGCAGGAGGCAGCUGUGCUCUUCCCCAACUCCCACUCCGUGCUGCUGCUAAGGGGCCGGCUGGCCGAGCUCAAAGGGAACCAGGACGAGGCCAAGGGUUUGUACGAUGAAGCCCUGGCCAUCCACCCCAAUGGACACCGCAUACUGCUGCACCUGGGCCAGUUGUUGGUGCGGUGUGGGCGUGUGGGUCUGGGGGAGAAGGUGCUGCGGGAUGCGGUGCAGGCCCAGAGCACGUCCCACGAGGCGUGGAGCGGCCUGGGGGAGGCCCUGCAGUCACAGGGCAGCAGCCAGGCUCCAGACUGCUUCCUCACAGCCCUGGAGCUGGAGUCCUCCUGCCCCAUCAGGCCCUUCACCAUCAUACCCCGCGAGCUGUGAGGAGCAGACAGAGGGUACUACUGUAUUACACACUCAUAUACACACACACACACACACACACACACACACACACACACACACACACACACACACACACACACACACACAUGCGUAUGAUUAUUUACACGUGCAAAUUGGUGCAAUAUAUCUUCUCUUGCCCUUUUCACUCUUUUUGCUCUCUCUCUCGCUCUCCUCCCUUCCCCCUCUCCAUUUUAUCUACUCUCUUCAUCUUUAUCUAUGUCUAUGCACUCAUAAUAAUCGCUCACAUGCAUUCAUGGACAAGUCAAGUGUAUCGUGACACUGUUAUACAGACCGUAUACAUCCACUACACUGUUAUACAGACCGUAUACACCCACUACACUGUUAUACAGACCGUAUACACCCA